AUGGUCAAGGAGAUCAGGGUGGAGAAAAUCUCCAAAAAUUCACUGAAAGUCUUGGAGGAGUUGCUGUUCCAACAGUUACCAAGCAAGGUGAUGAUUUCCGUGUACAAGGAGAAGUUCAAGAAGCUGAAUGCAGCACUGAUCAGGGCUUGUGACCGACAAUCUAACAGAUGUGCAGAUUUCUUCAAUAAGAAGGGCCAAGGCAAAACAGCAGACUGUAAUGCACAGCUUGACCGCUUCCAAAACAAGGACUAA